AUGUAUGAUGAGGAUGUGUUGAAAUCCUGGCUGACUGGCGGUUCCGGUAGAUCCUGGCUGAAUGGCGGAUCCUGGCUGAAUGGCAGUUCUGGGAGAUCCUGGCUGAAUGGCGGAUCCUGGCUGACUGGCGGAUCUGGGCUGACUGACGGCACUGGCGGCGCUGGGCAGACUGGCGGCACUGGCGGUGCUGGAACGAGGAGCUCUGGCGGUGCUGGACCGAGGAGCUCUGGCGCCUCUGGAAUGAGGGGCUCUGGCGCCUCUGGAAUGAGGGGCGGGAGCUCUGGCAGCGCCGGACAGGCGGGAGACUCCGGCUGCGCUGGAGAGGAGGAAGGCCCCGGCCGCGCUGGACAGAGAAGCUCUGGCGCCUCUGGACUGAGGGCUCUGGCGCCUCUGGACUGA